AUGUUCUCAAUUGCAGCUAUCAAUGACACCGACUCUAAAUGUCAGUGGGAACCACUAGCUCCCACCAAAGAGGCUCAGGAAUUUCAUCUUUCUCAAACUUAUCAUGAUGGACUUGUCAAGUUACAAGCAAAAGAAUUUGAAAAGGCUCGCGAGCUCUUAGAAUCUGUUCUUAAAGAUCCUCUCAUUGCUAAUGCUAAGGUGGAUAGAGGUGCUGGUGAUAGUCAUCUAUUGCAGCUCAGGUUCUUGGCGUUGAAAAACCUUGCCGCUGUUUUUCUUCAGCUAGGUUCUACUCAUCAUGAGAAUGCUCUACAUUGUUAUCUUCAAGCUGUUGACAUUGAUUCUAAAGAUUCCGUUGUAUGGAACCAGCUGGGAACAUUGUCAUGUUCAAUGGGCUCACUGAGCAUUUCACGUUGGGCAUUUGAACAAGGCCUCUUGUGCAGCCCUAAUAACUGGAAUUGCAUGGAAAAACUUUUGGAGGUUCUUAUUGCAAUUGGUGAUGAAGUUGCCUGCCUUUCUGUUGCUGAGUUGAUUUUGAGGCACUGGCCAUCACAUUCUCGUGCUUUGCAUGUUAGAAAUACUAUUGAAGAAUCGGAACCAUUGCCAUUUGCUCCCAGAGGCAUAGAUAAAUUGGAACCAAAACAUGUGCGGCUCAAAUUUUCUGCUAAGAGAAAAGCUAUUGAUGAGAAUAUAGAUGAGGAUGUUGCAUUUAAAAAGUUGAACCAAAACAAAGAUCUAUACCUCACUGAAGCUUCCUGGGUGGCUCUUGCUGAUGCACUGCUGGGGAUCUUACUGCCUUCAAAUCUGAAAAUUUCUGAGGUGGAACCUAAAACAACGUGCAGUUCUCCGGACAUUAGGUUAAGAGUAAACUUGCCAUGUAGUUCAGAAGCUGCUCUGAACACCGUGGAAGUGAAUGGGUUAAGUGGUGAGAAUAGUGCUUUUGGUGCUAAUGUAGGACCAGCAAGUGUUUUUAAAGAGAAAGAAGCAAAUACCCAAGAAGAACAACCACAUGAAAGGCGAAGUUCUCGACUGGAAAGGCUCCGCAGUCGUAAACCAGGGAAAGAAGAUUCAAACUCUUGUGGUAAGGACCCUGCCAAGGUUGUCAUUCGGUAUCUAGAACCUUUCAUUGCUGGUGGAUUGGGUGAUCAAGAAACUACCAAUAGUGAUACCACUAUACUAUCCUCCUCAGGAAAUUCUGAAUAUGAUCAUGUUUCUGCAUUUUUAAGACGUACUUCAAAUAACUAUGGGGCUUACCAUAUGGGGCACUUGCUGUUAGAAGAGGUUUCAAGACAAGGCCUACCAUUUCAGGAUGCUUUUGUCAAGUUUCUGGAGUUGGAAAAGUUAACAAGGCAUUGGGGAAAGGAUAGAACUGCCGAGUGUAACAUUUUUCUUGCUGAGCUGUAUUAUGAUUUUGGGUUAUGCUCACCCACUGGUUCUAAACAACUGGAAUGGAUGUCAGAGGCAUCUUAUCAGCUUUGCAAGAUUGUUGAGUCUGUAGCACUUGACUAUCCUUUUCACCUGACUAGUGCCUUGAAUGAAGGUUGCAGUUUAAUUGAUGGUUUUCAAGAGACUAGUGGAACAUCAAUAAACAACUCCACUGUGAAUAAUUCAGAUUUAGACAGCUCGCUUCUGAUGAAAAAAAGUUCAUUCUGGUCUCGAUUUUACUGGAUAAGUGGGAGAUUGUCUAUUUUUGAAGGCAACAAGGCAAAAGCUUGUGAAGAAUUUUGUAUUGCUUUGUCACUUUUGGAAAAAAGGGAAGAAAUGGAACAUUCUCCAGGUUCAGUCCCCCGCCCACAUUGCAAGGAUGUAAAAGAGAUAAACAUUGAUAGAGUUUUCUACGAAGUUAAUAUAUUGAAGGUCAACUUUUUGAUGGAAAAGUCUAUCACUAGGAUGAUGGAACAAGAAAAGUAUGUUGACUGUGUAUCUCUUCUUACUCCACUUCUGUUCUCUACACAGGAUGUCUACUUCAAUUCAUUUUCUUUAUCCAUGGCAGAUAAAAAAGAGGAAAAGUUAACUUCCAUCGAGCUCAUGGCUCUAGAUGUUCUAAUUGAAGCAUGUCAGAAGAUAACACCAAUGGAUGUAGAUCUGUAUUUCAAUUGCCAUUACAGAAAACUGAAAAUACUCAUGGCGUUGAUGGGUUUGAGUACAAGUAUUACAUCAUUUAAGUCUUUUGACCAAACACAUGGUUUCAGUACACCUUCUAAUUUGGAUGACUCAAAUGAAAGCUCUAGCAAGCACUGUAGCCACUUGGUUGCGGAGGAAGUGAAGGCCCUCUCUGACUGUAUAUCACAAGUGAAGAAAGUUAUUGAUCACUGUGGAGAUUCCGACGGCCUCACUAUUCCAACAAGCAGCAUUUGUCAAAUGCAAUCUCUGCUGCUGUUAAUCAUGGGCUAUGUCGCAAAUGUACUCGUGUGCAACAAAACCUCUGCACAAGUAAUAUCUGAUCAAGUGGAAAGCAACUGUUUUGUUGAUGCAGCCAUUAUUUUCUGCAAACUUCAGCAUCAUAGCCGGACCACACCUAUCGAAACUCAAGUUGAUUUAAUUGUUGCAACACAUGACAUGCUUGCUGAAUACGGGCUUUGCUGUGUCGGUGAAGGUGUCAAAGGUGGAGAAGGAACAUUUCUUAGAUUUGCAAUAAAGCAUCUAUUGGGCUUGGAUAUGAAGUUCAAAUCCAGCUUUAAUCUUAAAAAUAAAGAACCAAUGCAAUGCGAAGAAGCAUCCAAAAACAGUGUUGUCAAUUUAUCUAUGGAAGAUUCAAUAUCAGAUACAUUAGAUUUCCGAAUGGAUUGGACUAGAAUUGAUGAAAUUACCUCUGUGAAAAAGGAUGUUUCUGAAGGAAUAUCUAAAGGAGUCUCAUCUUGCAAAGUUCAAAAUAAAGACAGUAAGGAGGUAGAGUGUGAAGAAAACAUGGUUGCUGGGGCUGACUGUAAGUUAGUUAAGGAAGAAAAUUCAUGCAAUCAAUUGAUUGAACAUGGAAAUGAACUUUCUGAUGAUGAAACAGAAGAACUUGAGUCUAAAAUUGAUGGGGCCUUAGAUCAGUGCUUUUUCUGUUUAUAUGGAUUAAACCUAAAGUCUGAUUCAUCCUAUGAAGAUGAUCUAGUGAUGCACAAAAAUUCAAGCCGGGGAGAUUAUCAGACCAAAGAACAGUGUGCUGAUGUUUUCAAAUAUGUUCUUCCUUAUGCGAAGGCAUCUUCUAAAACUGGACUGGUCAAACUUCGCAGAGUUUUAAGAGCUAUUAGGAAACACUUUCUUCAGCCACCAGAGGACCUUUUGACAGGAAAUCCAAUUGAUAAGUUCCUUGAUGAUCCUAAUCUAUGUGAAGAUAAACUAUCCGAGGAGGCCAGGUCUGAAGGAUUUCUUGAAACUAUAACUAAGACCAUGUUUCCUGAUGUGGGAGGUCUUGGACAGUAUAGCACAACACUAUUGAGGAGGUCUGAGCCAUAUUUAGACGUCUACUGUAACUUGUAUCAUUUCUUGGCUCUGUCUGAGGAAAUGAGUGCAACUGAUAAAUGGCCUGGAUUUGUGCUGACCAAGGAAGGGGAAGAAUUUGUUGAGCAAAAUGCUAAGCUCUUCAAAUAUGAUCUCAUGUACAAUCCUCUACGCUUUGAAAGCUGGCAGCGACUUGGAAAUAUUUAUGAUGAGGAAGUAGAUUUGUUGCUUAAUGAUGGUAGCAAGCACAUCAACGUAAUAGGAUGGAGGAAGAACCCCACUUUAUCUGAGAGAGUGGAAACAAGCCGAAGAAGGAGUAGACGGUGCCUACUAAUGAGUUUAACUUUGGCUAAGACAUCUGCUCAGCAGUGCGAGAUACAUGAGUUAUUGGCUUUGGUAUACUACGACAGUCUUCAAAAUGUAGUCCCAUUUUAUGAUCAGAGAUCUGUUUUGCCCUUAAAGGAUGCAACAUGGAUGGCAUUCUGUGAGAGCUCAAUGAAACAUUUUAAGAAAGCCUUCGCACUUAAGCAAGAUUGGUUGCAUGCAUUUUACUUGGGUAAACUUAGCGAAAAGCUUGAAUAUUCAUAUGAAAUUGCACUAUCGUAUUACGCAAAAGCUAUUGCUUUGAACACAUCAGCUGUUGAUCCUGUCUAUAGAAUGCAUGCCUCGCGCUUGAAACUAUUAAUUAAAUGCGGAAAACAGAAUGUGGGGAUUCUGAAGGGUCUUUCAGAAGACUCCUUUGAUCAAUCUGUAAAAGAAGCUGUCAUAAGUAUCCUUGGCAGCACAGAUAGCUCAUCUUUAAAUACAAAGGAGAGCUGUAUUCAUGCCAAUUCUGUGGAUACUAAGCAUGGAGGGUUACUCAAAUUGGAUACUGCAUGGUCCAUGCUUUACAAUGAUUGCCUCUCUGCCCUUGAAACUUGUGUCGAGGGGGAACUCAAGCAUUUCCAUAAGGCCAGAUACAUGUUGGCCCAAGGGUUGUAUAGAAGGGGGGAGAGUGGUGAUUUAGAGAGAGCAAAAGAUCAACUAUCUUUCUGCUUCAAAUCUUCACGCUCAUCAUUCACCAUAAAUAUGUGGGAAAUAGAUAGCAUGACAAAAAAAGGAAGGCGCAAGACACCGGGUUCUACUGGGAAUAAAAAAGCCCUCGAGGUUAACUUACCAGAAAGUUCUCGAAAAUUCAUUACUUGCAUUCGAAAGUAUUUGCUGUUUUAUCUCAAACUAUUGGAGGAGACAGGAGAUAGAUGUAUUCUUGAGCGUGCAUAUGUUUCCCUCCGGGGAGAUAAGCGGUUUUCAUUAUGCCUUGAAGAUAUUGUACCAGUGGCUAUCGGAAAAUAUUUAAAAGCCCUGAUUUCAGCCAUGCGCCAUUCUCAGACUACUGCCUCUUUUCCAGUGAGCAGCUCUGACAAUGUGUUGGAUAGAAUGUUUGCUUUAUUUAUGGAGCAAGGAAGCUUAUGGCCAGAAAUAUGCAGCUUGCCUGAAAUUGAGUGUCGUGAUACUUCAGAAAGUAUCAUAUAUGGAUAUCUCCAUGAACAUAUAUCAUUAUUGGAGAUAAAUGGAAAACUGGAAACUCUUGAAACAGUUAAUGAAAAGAUUCGAAAACGUUUUAAGAAUCCUAAGCUCUCAAAUAGUAAUUGCACAAAAGUUUGUAAGCAUGCUUCUGUUGCUUUGUGUCGAUCUCUUAUAUACAAUUUGGCACAAAUCACUCCUGUAUCAUGUGGAUUCUCAAAUGCGAUUCAAGUCCAUAAUUUGAAUGAUGAUGGGAUGGAAAAUAGUCAGUUGCUCUGUAUUGAUUUGCAGCCACGUGAAUUAUUGAUUACAUCUUUUGAAGAUCCAUCUAUUUUAGAGAAGAUUGAAACAAAAUGGAGUCCCAUUCUAUCAAAAAUAAAAAAUAUACUGAUCAAGAAAGCUUCUGAUGAAAAUUUGGAAACAGCUAACACUUUGCUCAGAGCUUGCUAUAUUUUUUACCGGGAAAGUUCUUCUGUGGUGCUUACCUCUGGCCUUAACUUUUAUAUAAUUCCAUCUCAAUUAUUAACAGAGACACCGUUCAGCCCAACUAUGACCGGAGUUGAAGCCCUUGAUCUGAGCAUCCCAAGGAAGCUUCUCUUGUGGGCCUAUGCGAUAGUACACGGACGUUAUGCAAAUAUAUCAGUUGUUGUGAAGCAUUGUGAAGAAAUUUCAAAGUCAAAGAUGAGAAGGGGAAGUGGAAUGUCACCAGCGCUUACAAACUCGCCUGCUACUGCCCCAUCUGUUCCUGGUAGCAGUAGAAGUGGAUAUGAGGUUGAUUCUACCCAUGGGAGUGGUUCACUUUACACUGAUGUUGUUCAGAAGAAUCUGUUUGGUUCUCCCCAGUUGCAUCAAUGUACCACUAACGAUGCAGAGAGAAGCAAUGCAAACGCGGCUGAAGGAGAGACACGAGAUUGA